ACUUUCUUUUAUUUAUAUUUAUUUUAUUUUCCUUUUGGAUUCCCUUUUUUCUCUUUAUAUAAAAAAUAAAAUAAAAUAAAAAUUCUCCUUCCCUUUCCUUCCACUUCGCCUACUAUUCAGAAACCGCCAAUUCCAAAUUUUCCGGCGACUUUCCAGAUCCGUCGAUACAUUCAAUUUUCAUCUCUGGUCAUGUGCCGCCAAAAUUCAUGCUUGCAUUUGUCUGCAGAGGAGACAGAUACAACUGUAGAGAAUCUCUUAGUAUAUUGCAAGCCUGUUGAAUUAUACAAUAUUCUUCGUUGCCGUGCUUUACACAAUCCUUCAUAUCUUCGAAGAUGUCUGAAAUACAAAAUACAGGCGAGGCGUAAAAGGAGGUUGAGGGCUGGAAUUGUAAUUUUCAACUAUAAGGAUUAUGGCAAUAUGCUACAAAAGACUGAAGUAACUGAAGAUUUCUCGUGUCCAUUUUGCUUGAUGCAAUGUGCAAGUUUUAAGGGUCUGCGAUAUCAUUUGUGCUCAUCGCAUGACUUAUUCAACUUUGACUUCUGGGUGACAGAGGAGUAUCAAGCAGUUAAUGUCUCAGUGAAAAUUGAUUCAUUAGUAUCUGAGACUUUGGCAAAUGGAGUAGAUCCACGAGUAGAAACUUUCUGCUUCUGCUCAAAAUCUCGAAGACGUAGGUCUACAAGCCCUCUGCAGUGUGUGAAGAAUGUCAGUGUACAAUUUUUGGAGAUGGACUCACCCAAAAUUGUUAGUGAAAACAGGCAGAAUGGUUCUCUGGAGAAUGACGGUGAGAGGGCUUCCAAGUCAAUUCCUCUGGAGAAAGAUUUGCAGAAUGGAUAUAAUGGUCUGGAGAACUAUGGCUCUGAUUAUGCUAGUGCAACUGAGUGUCUUGCACGAGUUGCAAAUAGUUGCGAUGGUCCAGGAGUUUCAAUUGCAAUGGCUCAUUCUCCUUUGGACCCUGAUUGUAUUAAAACAGUAUCCGGAACUGAUAUUGCAGCACCUCCUGCAAAAACAAGGAAAAUAGCGGUAGAUCGAUCUGAACCUAGGAACCGCUUGCUCCUGCUGAGACGCCAAUUCUUUCACUCACACCGAGUUCAGCCAAUGGAGAUGGACCAAGUAAUGUCUGAUAGAGACAGUGAAGAUGAAGUUGAUGAUGACAUCGCUGACCUUGAAGAUCGCAGGAUGCUCGACGAUUUUGUGGAUGUUAGCAAAGACGAGAAGCAACUUAUGCAUCUUUGGAACUCCUUUGUUAGAAAGCAAAGGGUUCUGGCUGAUGGUCACGUUUCCUGGGCAUGUGAGGCUUUCUCUAAACUCCAUGGGCUGGAUUUGGUCAAGUCACCUGCUCUCUUUUGGUGUUGGAGGUUAUUCAUGAUAAAACUUUGGAAUCAUGGUCUUCUUGAUGCCGGCGCAAUGAACAACUGUAGCAUGAUACUUCAAAGAUGCCAAAAUGAGGGAUCGGAUGCUAUGAAAAGCUGAAAUAUGAUAAAAAGCCUCAAAAUGGAGGCUAAGCACAUUGGUUUAUCCUCCAGAUAGAAGCCCAUUCUUUCCAUGAUUCGAUCACAAUAUUCAUCAAAUUUGGCUGGAAAUUGGUUCUUAAAUAAUUCUUUCUCCAGGUAACUGAAUGCCUCCUCAUUAUUGUAACAGCAAUAUCUUAAUAUAUUCAAAACUGGCACUAGGUUCACUUUUCUAAUAUAUAAUGAAGUAAACUGAUUUCAGCCUCAUUGUUCUUGUUCUGAACUGAUUAUACUGCUAUGUAUACACAAAUAUAUAUAUGUUUUUCCCUUCUUCA